UAUUGUGGUUUCAGGAUGAUGGAAAACUACACCUACAACAGUUUGGUGCUACAGAUGGAGAGACUAAAUAUCUCUGAGGAUUACGUUCAUGCCGUCUUUGUUGUCAUCUUUUUCACCUACAUGUUUAUUAUGGUGGCAAACGCAGGCAUCACACUUCUGAUUUUUAUCAAUAAGAACCUUCACCAGCCCAUGUUUCUGCUUUACUGUAACCUGUCACUUAACGAUAUCCUGGGCAACUGUGUCGUGAUACCACGUUUCCUCUCAGACAUGUUGAUGUCCACAUCUGAACGCUUUAUUAAUUUUCAUGAGUGUGUUGUCCAAGCAUUCAUCACAAUGUUAUACGGAACUGCUGCUCACACUGUGCUCAUGAUUAUGGCUUUUGACAGAUAUGUGGCCAUCUGUAAUCCUCUUCACUACACCACCAUCAUGACCACUAACAUGGUGUGGAAGCUGUCGCUCUCUGCCUGGGGAGUGGGUUUUGUUCUGGUCGGGAUUCUGAUCGGUCUGUCCGUCCGACUCAACAGAUGCAGGACUCUGAUCACAAAUCUUUACUGUGACAACGCCUCACUGUUCAAACUAUCCUGUGACAGCGUCUUCAUCAAUAAUGUCUAUGGUCUCACCUUCACUGUGGUCUUAUUUACAUCUUCUAUCUGCAGCAUGUUUCUCACGUACACUAAGAUUACAGUCAUCUGUCUGACCAGUAAGAACAAAUCUCUGAACAAGAAGGCCUUAAAGACCUGCAGCACUCAUCUCACCGUCUAUCUGAUCAUGUUUAUUUGUGGAAUUACUGUCGUUAUCCUGAAUCGGUUCCCACAGUACUCGUAUUACAGGAAAUUCUUUGCCAUUCUAAUUCGUCUGAUCCCAGGUAGUCUUAACCCCAUUAUUUAUGGAAUACAAUCAGCAGAAAUUCGCAAAUCCUUAUCAAAAUUAUUCGGCAGUAAAUGUGUUUAA